AAUAACGAGUCACUAUCUUAUUGGUUGUGAGUUCAAAAAAAUCCUUUUACCAUGAGUAAUGCUCAACGUCACACGCUUUUUCUUCUCUUCACUUCUGUGCAGUCCUUAUUUGUUCUACCUUUCUAUGGACAUGAAUUUCAAUCCCCUCAAAACUCAAUCCAUUUGCUGAAUAUUCUUUAAUUUUUUCCAAUUGUUUUUGAUUCGGGCCUUCAUGUUCUCAGUUUGCAAAUUUGAUCAAAUUUCUUUUCAUCACUCAAAGAAUCUAGUCUUCCCUUCUUUAUUGACAUUACCUUUGAAAUCAUCAGUGCAUACAUAAAACCCAUCUGAUUUUUGGGUUUUUCAUCAGUUUCUUGAUUGAUUUAAUCGGAUUCUUUUCGAUCAGAGAUGCAACCAGCGGCUGUUUCUUAUUAGGUAGCUUCAUUUUAUUGAUAAUUUGGUUGUUUGAAUUGCUGAUUUAAAUAAUGGGUAGAGUAAGAGGAAAAGGGAAGAAACAGUCUGUUGCUUCUCGAGACGAUGCUGGGAGUGGAGAGGAUGAGAAGAUACAGAUAAGGAGAAGAGGAAGGCCACAGAAACCAUUGAAGGAUGGAAUUGAGGAAGAAGAAAAAGGCGAGAAGAUAGAAGAAGAAAAAGAUGAAGAUGGUGAGGAGACAUUGAGUUCUGUAUUGAGUAAAAGUUCAAAAGCUCAAGCUGCCACAGGGAAUGGCAGGAAGAGAAAGAGGCCUUCACAGAUCAAGGACGAUACCGAUUCAGUGAAAGAGGAAAAUGGUGUGGGGAAGAAUACUAAUACUACCAACUUGAUCAAGUCUGUUGGGUUCAGGCAAAAUGGAAGCAGGAGGAAAAAUAAGCCUAGACGUGCUGCUGAAGUUGGCGUUGACUGCAAAUGAGUUUGUGCUGCAGCAUUGUUUGCUGAUUUGGAGCUUUCGCUAUUUCUUCUCUUAAGUUCAUAGUCUUGACAAUGUCUUUCAAGAAAUUCUCUUAUGUUAAUGUUUUUUGCUAGUGAAGAAGAUUGCAAGUGCUUGACAUCUCACGUUA